CCUAAUUUAUGGUGUGUUGUGGUCUGUCUGUUUGAUAUAUAAACCGAGUAUGUUUGAAAUAAACGAUCUGCUCUGAUCUGCCCUAAUUCGAAGCUGGUAUUGUAUUCUGGACUCAAGUGGAAGGGCUCGUAGUACAUAGGACCAAUAAGGACGCUAGACUGCCCACACCGGUUGAACGUCAUUGGUUGGCCUAGUGUGAAAUUCGCAUAAGUCGUAUCCGGAUUGGUAGAUAGGUCGCGUGAUAGCGAAACCAGACAUACCCAAGGUCAUAACAAUUGGCGACGGGGAUUUUGGAAAAAAAAGCGAUUCAAGGUCAUAACAAUUGGCGACGGGGAUUUUGGCAACAAAAAAAUACAAGUGGUGACUCAGAUUUUGUAAAUAAAUUAGCUGUUAUAAUUGCCGGUGAUUUUUGGAGCUAAUAUUAUUGGCAAAAAAAAGAUGGCGAUUUCUUUAGAACAGUUGCGGUUAAUAUUACAGCACCAGCAGAAGAUGUUGGCCUUGCAACAACAGCUAUUUGAAACAGUUUUGGGCAGACUUUGCAAUCAAGCAGAAAAUAAGAAAUCUAAUUAUCAUGCAGAUAAUGGUGCAGUAAUGGACAUUUCAGAAGCAUAUCCUGUGCAGAAUUCAAAUCCCUUUAUACCAGAAGGAGAACGUAAUAUUAGUAACGUGUCCAGCUCAGAGCAAGAAAAUAUUGUGCUAAAUGCACAUGAAGUUGUGACGAUACCAAAUGAUCAAGAGCCAGACCCUGUAGAUGAAGCCCGGAGUCCAGAAUUGAAUGAAGCACUACUGGUCCUGUCUAAUUCUGAAAAUGAAUUUCAGCUAGAACAAAAUUAUGGUCCACUUGAUAUUAGCCGAGAAAGCUAUGGGGACUCGUAUUCAGAAAAUAACUGCAGUGACACGAUGAACCCAAUUAUACCGAAUGUUACUCAAAAUCAUUGUGAGACAGAAAUUUAUAUUGAAUCAGCUUAUCCGAUAUCUAAUGACAAAGUAGCAGAUAUGGGUUCUCAGAAUAAUGCAUGUAAUUUUGAUGAAAUUUUUUAUAAAAAUGAGAAAAAAAUAUCGGCUGAGUCAAAUUAUGGUCAAAAGUCUAAUGUAAUUUUGUUAGAUGAUGAUUUCCGUAAUGAUCCAUUAUCCAUUGAUGAAAUUCCUAAUGGAUUUGAAAGUAAUGCUUCAGAAGAAUUAAACUUUGACCUCAAAUCAAAGGUUGUUCAUUAUCAUCUAGUCGUUUUUAGUGGAUCCGACAUUCUAUGCGAGAAACGUCGUUUAAAUAAUGUCCUAUUAUUUGUAACUUGGAGAUAUAAGGACCCAACAUUAUUUCGAGGAGGAGGAGAAUGUUGGAGAAUUCAAAGUUACAAAAAAAAAUUCUUUUUUUUUUAAAUCCGAAUCUAAACUUGAAAUCUUCGAAAAAAAAGGGGAGGUGUUAUAUCCGAGCGAAGAUUAAAUUACAGGUAACUCCCGAGGACUAUUAGUGGACUAAUAUUCUAUAAAUAUUCUUAUUGUAAAACUAUUCAAUCAUUAGAUUAUGUAUAUUUAUAUCCCUCUUAUUAUAAGCUUUAUUUUGAUCUAUAAUUUAUUAUUGUACGAUUUACGGUUCUUAAACUAUGUUCAGUCUAUUAAUUACGGUCCCCCUCGUUCACAGCCACUUUUUGGCUUAUUUGUGUACAUAUGUUAUUUCCUAAUUUAUGGUGUGUUGUGGUCUGUCUGUUUGAUAUAUAAACCGAGUAUGUUUGAAAUAAACGAUCUGCUCUGAUCUGCCCUAAUUCGAAGCUGGUAUUGUAUUCUGGACUCAAGUGGAAGGGCUCGUAGUACAUAGGACCAAUAAGGACGCUAGACUGCCCACACCGGUUGAACGUCAUUGGUUGGCCUAG